GAAGCCCAUCAGAAAAACAGAACGAAGCCAAUGGAAGGACUGGAGGAGGGGAGUAGCGUGAUAGUGAUGCCGUAGUGGUCGAGCUCGCGGCGGAGUAGAGACCAGAGAGUGAGAGCGAGCAGAGCAACCAAAGCGUAGGCGACCUCAACGCGAAGCGGAAUUGAUUGCGCCCACCACCACGUCUUCUCCCCCUCCGUCCGACCCGUCCUCAAGUCACCAGGCCACCAUCAUUGCCGCCAUCGCGCCGCCCGGCCGCGGGAGCCCAGCUACGCAUUCAUAACUGUUUCUCUCUUGGCUUCUCGGCGAAGUGUUGCGGUUGCGGGUACUGGAGUGCGGAGAGCAGCGCGGCGCGAGGGAGGAAGCCACCACCCACCACCACCUCCAUUAAAGGCGCUCACGCGCCGCCUCCGCCUCCGCCUCCGCCUCCACGAGAGAGCUAGGCGAGAGGGGCGUACGAGACCUCAGCUGACUCCUGUCGUCAAGGCCAUCGAUCUCUCCCCUCACGGGGGCAGCCACGUACAAAGGCAGGCAGCUCGCCAACGCCCAGCACCCUCUCGCCGCGCCACCCCACGCCGUGCGCCUUUAAAGAGAGCGCACGACAAGCUUAAAGCUGCAGAGGUGACAGAGUGCCGAGCCGUCGCGCGCGCGAAAGCAGAGGAGCGGCAAUGGCAGUGGCCGCGCGGCUCGGCGCCGUCGUGGCGUGCGUCAUCUUAGCGGCCGUGGCGGUGGCGCCGCGGCCGGUGGCGGGGAUCCUCGACCCGGUCGACUUCCUCGCGCUGCAGGCGGUGCGGCGGUCGCUGGACGACAUGCCCGGGUCCGCGUUCUUCGACGGGUGGGACUUCACCGCCGACCCGUGCGGGUUCCCCGGUGUGUUCUGCGACGGGGACCGGGUGGUGGCGCUCGCGCUUGGCGACCCGCGGGCGGGGUCUCCGGGGCUGACGGGGAGGCUGGACCCAGCGCUGGGCCGGCUGUCCGCGCUCACCGAGCUCUCGCUCGUGCCCGGGCGCGUCGAGGGGGAGCUCCCGGCGUCGCUGGCGUCGUGCUCGAACCUCCGCUUCCUGGCCGUCAGCAAGAACCUCCUCUCCGGCCAGAUACCGGACGGCUUCAGCGCGCUGUCCAACCUGCGGACGCUCGACGCCAGCUUCAACCAGAUCUCCGGCACCAUCCCGCCGUCCAUCGCCGCGCUGCCGUCGAUCACCAACCUCAUCCUCUGCCACAACCAGCUUACCGGCGGCGUCCCAUCGUUCCCGGACUCGUCCCCGCUCCUGCGGCUGGAUCUCAAGCACAACGCGCUCUCCGGCGGCGUGCCCACCCUGCCGGCCGGGCUGCAGUACCUGUCGCUGUCCGCGAACAAGCUCACCGGUACGGUCGACCAGGUGCUGCCCGGGCUGCACGGGCUCAACUUCCUCGACCUCAGCAUGAACCAGCUGGAGGGCCCGAUCCCGGCGUCGGUGCUCUCGCUGCCGCUGUCCGUACUGCAGUUGCAGCGCAACUUCUUCUCUGGGCCGGUGCAGCCGUCGAGCGACGUGACGAUCCCGGUGGUGGACCUGAGCUACAACAGGUUCUGGGGCCAGCUCUCGCCGCUGCUGGCGGGCGUCGGGCAGCUGUACCUGAACAACAACCGGUUCACCGGCGAGGUCCCCGCGCGGCUGGUGCAGGAGCUGGUGGGCUCCGGCGGCCUGCAGGUGCUGUACCUGCAGCACAACUUCCUGACGGGCAUCGCGAUAUCGCCGUCAUCGUCGCUCCCCUCCACCGUCUCGCUCUGCCUGAUGUACAACUGCAUGGUGCCGCCGGUGUACGCGCCGUGCCCGAUCAAGGCCGGGUCGCAGAACACGCGGCCGGCGGACCAGUGCCCGGAGUGGAGGGGCUGAGCCUGAUGUCGGGGUGAGCUUGAUCGUGUCUCAGCAACGCCAGUGCCAAUGCCGGAUCGCCUCCGAUCACCGGUUGGGAAUAGCGGGAAAGCAGAACUGAAGGUCACUGAUUCUUUGAUUGAUUUGGGUAUAGUUACAGGCAAGUAAGUGCCUUAAUAAUCCGGAUUUACAGGUGUGUGUUUUUGUUUAGUUGGUGUAUGUGCGUUUGUGUAUCUCUGUGCUGUAUAGUGAGCAGUACUCCCUCCCGGAGCUUCUAUCGCACUGCCGCAUGAUGACGCUGUUUGCAUCUGAUGAUGGAUGGUGUUAGUAAGAGGCAGUGAAGUUAUUAUUUAUCGAAUCAUGUCGCUGAUCAAUUCAAUAUAUGACCAAGCAUGCACUGUGCUUGAUUUUGUUCGCAA